UGAAAAGAUUCAGUUCUUUUGAUUUGAAUUCAAUCCGUUCCGUCGAAGCCAAGAGAAUGGACAAUGACGGUCGCAGCCUUAGGAUCAACGGAGUCGAUGGAAUCAACCUCACUCCGUUAUCCAAGGCCGACGAAAACUACUACCGACCCACUGAACUCAAGGCUUUCGACGACACUAAAGCCGGCGUUAAAGGCUUAGUCGACGCCGGAAUUACCGAAAUUCCCCGUAUCUUUUACCACCCACUGGAGGAAGAUGACUCCGGCGAAACCCAAAUCCGUAUUCCAGUGAUAGACCUCGAAGGCGUCGCCAAAGAUUCACUCAAACGCAAAGACAUUGUUGAACAAAUCCGUGAAGCUUCAGAGGAAUUGGGUUUUUUCCAGUUGAUUAACCAUGGAAUUCCGGCAAGCGUUCUUGAAGAAAUGAGAGAAUCUGUUCGGAGAUUUCACGAACAAGACACGGAAGUGAAGAAACAAUUCUAUACACGGGACCUCAUGAAGCCAUUUGUUUACAAUAGUAACUUCGAUCUAUACUCUGCAGCGACCACCAAUUGGAGGGACACCUUUAGCCAUGCUAGUGCUCCAAACCCUCCCAAUCCACAGGACUUGCCGGAAAUUUGCAGAGAUAUUCUGGUGGAUUACUCAAAACGGGUGAUGGAGAUUGGAAAAUUACUGUUUGAAUUGCUGUCGGAGGCUCUCGGUCUGAACCCAAAUUACUUGAACAACAUAGGCUGCAGUGAUGGGCUUGCAUUUGUAUACCACUAUUACCCUGCAUGCCCACAGCCGAAAUCGACCAUUGGCAUAUCCGAGCACUCUGACACUGACUUCAUCACAGUGCUGUUACAAGACCACGUCGGCGGCCUACAGAUUCGUCAUCAGAACAAAUGGAUUGACGUGUGUCCUGUCGCCGGUGCGUUAGUCGUCAACAUCGGAGAUCUUAUGCAGCUAAUAACAAAUGACAGGUUCAAAAGCGUUAAUCAUAGGGUUGUGUCGAAACAUGAGGGUCCGAGAAUAUCAGUGGCGGGCAUUUUUUCGACGCUUGUUUUGCCAAGCAACAAACUUUAUGGACCCAUCAAGGAAUUGUUAUCGGAAGAAAAUCCUGCAAUAUACAGAGAAACCACCGUCAGAGACUUCAGUAUCCAGUUCCGGUCGGACGGCCUUGGAACUUCUACUUUAAAGCAUUACAAGCUGAAUCAAGCAGAGGUUUAAAUUGCAAGGAAAUGGACGAAGAUCAUAACAGUUCUUUAUAUCAUCCGUUGUAAUAAUUUUCUUUCAGUUCCACUUCGCUUUAUAGUAAUACUUUUGUAUGACUUUACGUUAAAUUUCAAUAAUAAAAUUGUAUCAGAUUCUUAUCCCAAA